GUUGAGAGCGUCCAUAUAGAUGCUGGCCGAGGUGCUAACCGAAAGGGGAGACCAACUUAAUGUUAUCUGUUAACUUCGCGUCAUUGACCAUUCUUCUUACAGGCUUACAGCCUUCUUGUCACUUCAAGCGCUAUGUGAAUACCUAAUUAAAAUUUCAUCUCCACUGUCACAAUCCGCCAUCCAACCCCAUCCACCCCGCUGCAUUUCUCGGGGAAGCUCGCAAAGCUGGUUUUCGUCAUGGACGGCCUUGCGAACAUCAAACGGCUAACGUCCCUUUUGUGCCUGGCUUCUGUCGUGACCCCGGGUGUGCUUGCAUCAAAGAGACCCUUCAGCAUUCAUGAUGACGUCCUUGCAUUUCCCCAGUAUGAUGUCGUGUUCCCGGAAGAAUAUAUUCUAAAGUCAGAAGCAACCGCACUUUUAAAGCUUCAAGAAGAGAAAUCGUUAACAAAUCGAGCCGCUACGACUGACGAUAAAUCCAAUAACCACGAACUAGAUCGACUCUCAUCGCAAAAGCCACUUCGAGGAGGAGCAAAGGAUGGCAAAAAAGACCAUUCAAUAGACUGGAACGCAAAGGAUUUACUUGCGCAAUAUCGUUAUAAGGAGAUGACAUUGGAUGGCCUGCGAUAUCUCUGCAACAUCCCCCGUGUCAGUGAUACAAUGGAAAACAAUUCGACGGCCGAAGCGCAAGCCGAGGAUGGAGGAAAUAAAACAGAGGAAGAGAAUGAGAUAACGCGUGCUACGGAUCGGGGGCUGGAGCUGCUGCAGGAAAUGGAAGGCACGUGCAUGUUCUACGUGUCCGGGUGGUGGUCAUAUUCCUUUUGCUACAAGAAGGCCGUGAAGCAAUUUCACGCUUUGCCAGCUGGACCCGGCGUGCCGAAUUAUCCUCCUAUGGAAGAUCCCGCGACGCAUUCGUUCGUGUUGGGGAGAUUCCACCAGGAUGAGGACGAGGAAGAUGGUGAAACGGACCAAACGAAACAGCCCAAGACCGAGGUGGCCGAGUUGCAGACGAAAGGCGAGUCGAGGUAUCUCGUUCAGAGGUUGGGUGGAGGGACAACCUGCGAUCUUACUGGAGCCGAACGCAAAAUCGAAGUGCAGUUUCAUUGCCAUCCUCAAACUACCGAUAGGAUUGGGUGGAUUAAGGAGCUUACGACGUGCUCUUACCUGAUGGUCAUUCAUACACCGCGGUUAUGUCAUGACGUGGCAUUCCAGCUACCACAGCCCGAGGAUGUACAUGCGAUUGAGUGCAGAGAAAUACUGGACCCAGAAGAAAUUGCCGAUUUUGAGGCCAUGAAAGCCCACCAUGAUCGCCAAAAGCUAGUGAAUUCCGGAAGCGAAGAGUUAUAUCCUGUCGUCGGAGGAAUCCAGGUCGGUGCGAAGAAACAGGUCGGAUCUGAGGGCAAAGUCAUCGAAAAGGGCCGUAUAGCCAGCAUCAGUGAGGAGAAAAUCCAAAUUGUUGCCAAGCGCGAAAAUGGCGAUCGGUCUCAGUUAUCGAAAGAAGACAUGGAGAAGCUCGAAUUGAACCCUAAGGAAGUGGAGGCGUUUCAGAAAAACCUUGAUAAAAUAGCCAAGGGCAAAGACUGGAGGCUGGAGCUAGUCCAAAGCAACGGAGCGCGUAUACUGCAGGGCAUUGUCGACACUGACGAGGAGCCUAAGGCUGCGGAGGACGACAAGAAACCAGAACCUCCAGUAAAGGACAAUGCGAAGAAGAUUGAUGAUAAAAAGAAGGAGAAGGCAAAGGACGACUCUUCCUCAGGUGACGAAACAGGGAGCGAGGAGGUGUUUAAGGAAGAGUUAUGAUUCUACACAGCGUGUACUUUGUAUAUUCCAGCGUCCUAGCUUUGUAAAUACUAUGAUUUCCACCCACUGCCCGUAGACAUCGAUUGAUUGUUGUUGGUGAACAGGUUUUGGAAGCUAUAAUUGUAAUUUCCUUUUACGUACACUGCAGAGCCUAUUCCAAGGACCGACCGGGUGGUGUAGUUGAUAUGUGCUCUGAAUUUAUCUGGAUAUUGUCGUCCAAAGUCAUACUGGAUGACCUGAGUGCCAACUACAAUGUCUCCAACUACGGUCUUUUCCCCAUUACUAUUUGUUGGC